GAACAAAAGAAAACUCGUUACUUCAAACCAUUUACGGAAGAGUUAACCGAUAGAAAAUCAUUUCAUGGAAGGAAUAUAAUAUCUCCAUAUCUCAACAUGAGAAUGUACAGUAUUAAUGACGCGAGACUUUCUUAUUACGCUAAUAAUUCAAACAUUAGCAAAUACAUAAAAUAGCUGUUCGUACUGAAAACAUUAGCGGGACAUCAUUAUAAAAUCGGGAUUAUGUAAAGCUUUAAGGAUGCUUUAGAGAUAUUAUUGAGCGGAUUAUAGCGCUAUUCUGUGUAUCAUUUGAAGCAGAAGAAAGACAUGAUUUAGAAACCAAUUUAUUCAAUAAAUCAGAAUAUCUAAAAUAAAUUGCUGUGAAAUUCUAGUUUAGUGCAUCAACUUGUACUUUAUUUACGCGAAAACCGAAUAAGUUUUCUCCGCUCCGUAACAACUAGCUUAGGGUUGUAACUUGAUUUAGUUUAUAUCAAUAUUUACCUUCUGCACUCGUAUAUAAACAGUAGUGAUAAUUAAUUCUGAUUCUAUUGUUCUAAGUAUUUGCUUUUUACCCUACGUCGAAGCAGAGUUAUCAUUAUUCAAUGUGGACUUUGUAAUCCUUACGUUUUCUUUUGAAGUUAAAGCAAAUAUUUUUCAACGGGUUCUAUUUGAACACAGUUUAUAAAUAUGAAAACGACUACAUUUUAAUAUCUUGCAGGGCUCGUGGAUGUAUUAAUCAAGCAAAAUACGUAAUUGCGGAAGUUAACUCGUUGGAACUUUAUUGAAAAAAUUGUUACAAAUUUGAUAAAAUGUUAACAUCAGUCGUUAGAUAUACGUAAAUUUUUGAGCAAACAGGAACUUUGAGAAUAAUGGUGGCGACAAUGGGGAUUUUGUGAGGAUUGGGUAUUGCUUAUAAAUACCCACAUGAGAUCGCUUUUCAGAAAAAUACGUUGAGUAUUGCAAUAUCUAACAUGAACGGAAUAAGUGGACUACCGGGUAUUGAAGCCCUAUUCCGGGACCACAAACGUCUUGCCUCAAAGCUGACCUCUGAUGAACUUAGAGCUAUUCGGGAUUAUAUCGAAGAACGAAUCAGGCAGGAGCAAGCCGAUAUCAACUUUCGUUUGUAUGCUUUACAGAAUGAUUUUGACGUAACUGUUCGAAAGAGUUCUGAAACCAUUUCGGACUUGUAUCAGGAGGUCAAUGAAAAGAAAGAGGUCAUAGAACAUUAUAAAAAAUCAGACGAAGCAAUUUCAACGGUUCACAAGCAAAGAGAACAAAGAUGGGAGAAAAAGCAAGAAUUGUUAGUGACGGAAAUAGAAAAACUGGAAGGAGAAGCAACGCGAUCGAAAACGAGAUUACAACACGCGGAAAAGGAUUUAGAAGAAAAAUCAAACGACAUCAAAACUCUCGAGGAGAAACUUGAAGAAGCCAACAAAGCCGUUGAAACUGUAGAAGAAGCAAAACUUGUUCUAACCGAGAGAGAUGAAACGAAAAAAGAAGUACUUAAACUGAAAAUGGAAAUUGACAAGAGAGAUCGGCUUGUGCAACACCACGAGAGAAAUAUAGCUGCUCUAAAGAACGAAAUAGAAGAAUUCAAUCGAGAGAAAAAGAUGAAUGAAAUGAAAGUUACUUCAGUGCAAGAUGAGUUAAGAAAGCAAAUGAAAGAGGUAGCUGAGAAGUGUAAAAAAUUAUCAGAAAUACAGUUCCAGCUACAGAUGGAGAAAAGACAGACAGAGAAACUACAGAAGCAACUGAAGCAGGCUACAGAAGAUGUACGAAAUUACAAACAUAUGCUUGAAAGUGCAAGGCCUCCAUUGAAUGCCAAUGAUCCAGUUGUUAUUACAAUGCGGAAGGACCUAGAUAUUAUGGAUAUUCGAAUUCGGUCCCUAGAUAUUGGUGUCAGAUUAAGAAUGGACGAGGUUAAAAGAGUUGAGGAUCGAUCGGAAGACCUUAAAGAAGAUGAGAGAUUAGCGCAUCAAAUGAGAAGUGAAAUUUAUCAUCAAGGUGAUACGUUUUUAGAACUUACUGCUACGGAAUUAGUGAAACAUUUGGAAUUUAGACAACGUAUGUUGCAAGAAGAGCUGAAAUAUGCGCGCGAUUGGGAACAGCCAAAACGUGAUGCAGACACACUAAGGUCUGAGAUUAAAGCAUUCAUGAAGCAAGCAGCGAUAUGCAAAGUUACUGACCUUGGUGAACGUGCCGCAAAACAACUACAGAAAAUUGACCUAAUUAUGAGAGGAGUCUCUGACACAACCAAGAUGCCGAGGAUUUAUCGUGUUUCAGAACGAUCAAAUGCAGACCAAAGACAAAAGCAGAAACCCGCCAGCAAACCAGCUUUUCUGUCGGCAUCUACUCCUAUUGGCGCGUUUGACAAUUCGAGUCUAAAGACAACCUCUAAGAGGAACCGGAAGCGACCGGAAGUCAAUAAAGUCAGUACCUUCCGGCAUCCGUCUCUUGAAAACCAUACAGACGAUUCGAAAAUUCACUAUAUUGAUACAGUAGAACUGGACCUUUCACGCGUGACGCCAUCAAUUAUGUCAAGACGAGAAAGUCAGUCCGAUAGAAUGACCAUGAAGUCUGUGUCAUCCACCACGAUUCCUGCGAUAUACAAGUAGCUUCAUAUUUCCAUUCCUGCCGAAAACAAUAUGGGAUAUAUAAAAGAAAUAGUAGUGAUGUUUACAUGUGUUUAUAUCCAAGCUGUGUUGUUCAUUUUGCCUUUCGUUAAUCGUCUGUCUGAACUAUAACAAACGAAUGAAAACCCGUUACUUUUUUAAGUGUCGUAUCAGUAUUACUGAAAUGUGUUUUAGUCUGCGUGUUGGAAUUUAUAUCACAGUGGCGAGGUUUUAGGUGGUAUGACCUAAUUGUAGAUUUAGUGAUUGGGAAAGACCCGAUGUGUCUCUCCGUACAUAAACGUUACACAUGUGUAUAAUCACUAACCUUUCGCAAAAGCUUCGAAGGAAUUCAGUACCUUGAGCGAGGUUCGAACCCAUUACGAUGAUAAGCGGGAGAUUCUGUAAGUUACCUUCCCUACUGUGAAAAUGAUGUGGUCUUUCAGGAAUUCCAACAAACAUCUGUAAAAUGGAUGCACUUACGAUGCAAUACUAAAUGUCUAUAUAUCGACACAUAGUAUAAAUAGUAACUUGUCCGUGAAAUUUUCGUUGAAGAACCACCACUACUUUUGACAAAUACCACAUUGUUUCACGCAGUGACGUACACUAACACUUCUAUGUUUUGCAAGUUUGGAAACAUCAACUUCUUUUUUGCUUUAGCAUACUCGCACGUUCAGUGUUUUCCCACGACAUUUUUGGUGUCCAAAAUGAUUGUAAAGGCUUUUAAGUGAGUGAGUUUUAUCUCCUUUAACGAUACAGCAGAAAGAAGUUAUAAUAGCCAAACUAUAUUAUUGUAUUGUAUGUUUUGUUUAAAAGCUUGUUUUGAUGUGUAACAAGAACCGGUCGUAUUGCUUUUGUCACAAAAGGAAGUACUAUACAUAUCUUUUCUAACAACACUUGAAAUACAUACAUGAAAUUAAUAAGCAUUAGAGGCCUUGGUCAAUUUUUACAAGGUUUUCGACAUUUUUGCAUACACUGUGCAUCAAUUUCUAUAGCUUCAAUACAUUUUUUUUUUCAGAUUGUGCGAAUGAUCAGUAUAUUUCUAUUCCAUCUUAAUAUUCAAUGAAAUUAUAAAGUUAAAUCAACCUGAAAAGAGAAAAAAAAAAUAUAAGGAAAUCGUAAAUUCUGAUCUAAGUGAUUUCUCCUACCAAAAUGCAAGGUUAUAGGCAAAUAUGAAAGCAUGAAAAAUAUAGGUAUAUUCCAAUUCUAAUGCUUACAGGUACAGUCAAUGUCUGCUGAGGCAAAUAUUUCAAAAUAAUAACUUUGAAGUAGAAUCUACUGCUGUUUUAUUUAAAAAAAAAUCUCUGCAAUAAUGACACAUUCUUUCAAAGGAUAUGCUUAUGUGUAGACUGAAUUGUGCAUAAAACAAUCAAAACGUUUUGAUGGUGUUAAAUAGCUUUUUUUUACUUGUAUAUGUAUCACAGAUUGCGAUUACUGAAUGUAUUACCUUAUUGACUUAACAAUGGUAAUCUAGUAAUAUAACGUUAAGCUGAAUGUUUUAUCUGUUAAGGAUGUAGGAUCGUUCUUUUUCUACCUUUAAGAUUUUUUUCAUACUCUAUGAGCUUGAAGAACAUUAGUAUCUAAGUCAAACAAGACAGGAAAAAGCGCAGGUCAUCGAACUCGUUUUAAUCUUAUAGGGUAUUUUCCCCACCAACUGUUAAAGCAUUUCUAAAAUUGAAAAAAAAUGGUGAUACUUUAUAAAACAUACGAAAUCAAAAUUAAUGUUAUAAGAAUUUCAGCUCUCACAGGUUGCUAUGACAUCAUACAAGGUUAUAUCAUUUUUUUCAUGUUGACAUUACUACCCCACCCACUUUAUUUUCAGUGGUAAAAAACGUAACUAAAUCUAAAAAAAAUCUGCCGUUUAAGAGUUUAAAAGUAUUUUACAACAUUAAUGACACACAAAAUUCCUUCAAUAUGGACAGAAAAGAAUUAAAGUUUUAAAAUUAAAGAUUUAUUUAGAGAAAAAAAAAACGUUUAAAAACUGAUGAACUUUUAUAUUUUUAAUUCUAUUUGUUUAAGUUUAUAUUUCUGAGAAAAUAUAACGUGCUAUGUCCAAACAUUAAUUUCAUUUUAGUCAGAAAACAUCAGAACCAAACCUGAUCUACUUUAAGGAUUUACGAGCGAUUUUUUUCUAACGUUAAGACUUUUUUCAUACCCUGUGAGCUUGAAGAACAUUAGUUUCUAAGACAAACAAGAGCAGAAAAAACAUAGGUCACCGAACUCGUUUAAAUUUUGUAGGGUAUUUUCUUCACCCACUGUUUACGCAUUUCUGAAAUUUUGUAAAAUUGAAAAAAUGUUGGUACUUUAUAAAACAUAUAAUAUCCUAUUUAAUCUUAUAGGGAUUUCAGGUCUUUCAGGUUAAUAUGAAUAUAUGGUGAUGUCAGUUAUAUAUAAGCAUAAAUGUCACUAACAAAUCUCUUUAAUUUUUACAUGUUGACAUAAUUACCCCACCCACUUCAUUUUCAAUGGAAAAAAAUGUAUUUAGAUCUAAAAAAAAAUUCCGACGUUAAGAUUUUCAAAAUAUUUUGCAGCAUUAAUGACACAUAAAAAUGAUUCAAAAUGGAAAGAAAAAAAGUUGGGGUCACCGUGCAUCUAAGAGAUUUAUUAAGGAAAAACUGUUAAAAAGUGGUGAAUUUUGAUAUUUUUUGUUCUUUUUGUUUUAAUUUAUUUUUCUAGAUAAUAUAAAGUGCUAUCUUGAAAACUUUUAUUUGAUUUAUAGCUUAACAUUAUAUGUAUCAGUCAGAAAAAUAUCAAAACCAAACCUGAUCUACUUUAAUAGAUAUUUGAAAUUACCUACCCCUACCCCAUUGUAAAUCUUACGUCAAUUUUAGGCAAAUGCCAGCCAAAAAUAAGGGUGAAAUUUUUUUUCGCAAAAGCAUAAUAUAUUUGGUUAAAUGGUACAUUAUUAGCCAUAUUUUAAUUAUCUAGCAUUAAUUUUUGGCAAAACUUUUGUUAGAAAGCAAUAUUCGAAGAAACAUUUUUCAAAAUGGCGGAUAUCCUGAAAAAAAAAACGCUCGUACAUCCUUAAUAGAUAUUUGAAAAUACCAACCCCUACCCCAUUGUACAUCUUACAACAAUUUAGGCAAUGCCAGCCAGAUAUGGGUGAAAAGUUGUUUUUUUUUCGCAACAUGUAGAAUAUGUUUGGUUAAAUUGUACAAUAUUAGUCAUAUUUUAUUUUUAUUAUUUAGCAUUAUUUUUUGGCAAAAAUUUUGAAUUUUGUUAGUAAGAAAUAUUCGAGAAAACAUUUUUCAAAAUGGCGGAUAUUCCGAGAAAAAAAAACGCUCGUACAUCCAUAACAUAUUAACGCCGCAAUAACUUGUACAAUGUUUUGUAUUAGAUUGUAUUAAAUACAUGAGCAAAAAAAGCUUAGCCUUGCCAGUUGACACACUAAAACAUGAUGUCCAGAUAGUAUAUUGUUGAAUUAUGAAUUGCUCAAUAUUUCUUAAUAAAGUUACGAAUGUUUA